AUGGAGGGGCUGCAUGGGAGGCAGAACGACUUCAUGGCCUUCUCCUCCCUCUCGUCGGUUGUGGAGAAGGCUCCGCCCAUCGUCUGGAUCGCGCCUCAGGCCUCAAUCGCCGCCGCCUGCGAGCUGAUGAAGGCUCAUCAUUUCCUCUCCCUUCCCAUCUACGAUGAAGUUAAACGUCGCAUCCUCGGGCUGGUCGACAUACUUGACGUCUGUGCCUACCUCUGUUGGGGUACGAUGCACUUCUUCAGCGAGAACACCGAGGCGCAGUCCGAUCGCGAGCUGAAGGCCAAGAUGAGCGAGGUAGCCAUCGUCGAGGUGCUCAACGCCAAGCCACAGCACGGCCGGCCUUCGCUGGUGGUGAAGCGCCACCUCGAGCCCGUAUGCUCGCUGCUGGACCAGAUGGCGCAGGGGCUCCAUCGCGCGCUCGUGCGGGUGUGGCCCGAGACCGAAGAGGAGGAAAAAGAGGGCAGCCAGCGGCUCGAGUACUAUCGCAUGGCGGCCCAGAUCGACGUGGUGCGCUUCCUGGUCGACCACAGGCGCAACCUCAAUUACCACCUCAUCACCAGCAACAUCACCGCCCUCGAUAUGGUCGGCCCCGCGCCCGCGCCCGCGCCCGUCUCAACGUCGUCCCCUCCGUCGACCACGCAGAGCGCCGUGCGGACCCUCAUCUACUCAGUCGAGGAGGGCAGGACAGCGCUGGAGGCCUUCCGCACGCUGGCCCUGUCGGGCGUCCACGCCAUCGGCAUCAUCGGCGUCGGGAGCACAGGCCAGGGUCGCCUGCUGUACAACCUGUCGGCGUCGGACCUGCGCGGCAUCACGCCCGACACGGUCCACCUGCUGCGCGAGCCGGUCGAGGUCUACCUGGAGCGGGUGCAGGAGAGCGCCCCGACCUCGAGGCCCAGGAACCUGGUCACCUGCACGCCUGACGCGACGCUGAUCGAGGUCAUGGAGCUGGUCCUGCGCUCUCGCGUCCACCGCGUGUGGGUGAUCGACCAGCAGCAACGGCCGCUCGGCCUCAUCACCCUCACUGACAUCCUCUCCAAGUUCGCCUCCUUCGACUACGCCCGCGCCCAGGCCGCCGCGACCAAGACCAUCGUCCCGCUCUCCCUCUCUUCGCCUCACUGA